GGCGAUGAAAAAUUUCCGAAGCUAGGCAACUCGCCGAUAACUUCAAAAUAUAUUUUAAUGUUGACAGAGAGUCAUAAAAAUUGUCGAAUUUUUGAGGCAAUUUUACUAAUUUACACUUACUAAAUCAAAUUUUGUUAACAUGCACAUCGAUCCCGACGAAUUAUAUAGAUGGGUGGACGCCCAUACAAUCACCAGACCGAAGAGAAAUUUAAAUAGGGAUUUCUCCGAUGCCGUACCAUUGGCGGAAAUUUUGAAACAGCAUUUUCCGAAGUUGGUUGAUAUACACAAUUACAUUCCGACGCUGUCGCACACUCAGAAACUGGUGAAUUGGGACGUCCUGAACAAGAAGGUACUAAAUAAAUUGAACAUGAAUCUGACGAAGAAAAUUAGGGAAGAAUUGGCGAAAAGCACGCCCGGUGCUAUCGAAAAGGUUCUCGAAGAAAUCAAAGCGAAAAUUGAAAUUAAAGACGCUUCUGGCGAUCACGGAGACGAUACGAAAAUUAUAUACUUGGAAAACAGUUCGGAAUUAUCGUACAGAGAAGGGGUGAUUCCGUUGAAAAUUAAUAAUGGCGUGAAAACCGUGGAUAAAAAAUUAGUUCCUAGCGAUUUGUACGAUAAAAUGGAAAAGGAAUUGCAAACUCAAAAGGACACCAUAGCGGAGCUCACUCAAAAAGUCGACCAUUUUGAGAAAUUAAUCGGCAUUAAAGACGAGCGCAUUAAAGACUUAUCGCAUCAAUUGCAAUCGCUAAUUAGCACACCGGAAGAAAAUACAUUUCAGAAAUCAAGAUUUUUUAGUAACAUACUUUAAACGUCAAAAUUGUAAGAGUUUGCUUUUGUAAUAAAACUCUACUUUAGGUACCAACUAU